CUCCCACCCAGAGAAAGCUGAGCUUUACCGCAAGUCCAGCUCCGUGCUUAGUGUGUGACGAACCGCGAUACUAUCUCUCAGAGCCGUACAGGACCGCUGUCGUCGUUACCGUAGAGAUUUUCCACCUGAACCGGAGCUCUGGGCGAGUCCCCGAGUUAUGCGUAAAAAAGCGCACGGGUCGUCGUGACGCAGCGUCACCGUUUUGGAUGUACGAUUCUUUAAGUGAAUCUGAUCUAGUAACGACAACUUUUUCUUUUCCCAAAUGAGGAUUAUACAUGUCAUGAGGAUUUUGUGGGUGUCUGUGUUGUGCUGCUGCCUCGGUUUAUCAGAUGCAGUGAUCGACCUGACCAUGAUCUCCACGGCAGAGGCCACCAACGUCCACAACUUCACCAUUUAUUGCAUCAAUGGAGAGCGCAGCCCCGCCCAGGUCGAGCUGGACAUCAAGAGGGACAACAAGAUCCUCAUGUUCCCCAAGAAGCCAAACUUUAAUGUGCACAAGCCCAGGAUCAAGGAGGUGGCGGCCCGAGACUUCCGUGACCUGGAACACAUCGGCAUCUUCUACUGCGAAUCCAAGCAGGAAGUUCCCCCGCUCGAGAAGGUCACGACGAUCAACAACUUCGGCAGAUCAACUUUUGUCCCGACCCACUUGACCCUGACUGCCAACAGAGGGGAGACUGUUAACCUCAGCAUGCAGCUUCUCAGCUCCCAGAAGAGAGAUGUGACCUGGAAGUACAACGGAAACUACUAUUACAUGACUCACUGGAACGACAUGGUCAAUCACACUGCUGUGUUGACUGUGGAGGAUGCAGCUCUUGCCAAUCAAGGCAUCUACAGUGCCAGCUAUGUGGGAGACAUCCCUCUUCAUGGAGCUUGGAUGAGGCUCAUUGUCCGAGACUGCCCCAGUAAGAAGUGGGGUCCUUACUGUGGCAACGUCUGUCCGGACUGUCUCAACGGCGGGGUGUGUCACGAUAUGGACGGAGACUGCAUGUGCCCCCCAGGAUUCAUGGGAACGCGCUGUGAGACAGCCUGCAGAGAAGGAAUGUUUGGUCGGAACUGCCAGCACCCAUGUGGCUCCGAACUGAACUGUAAGGGGCUUCGCUUCUGCUUACCAGACCCGUACGGCUGCUCCUGCGCAAGCGGCUGGUUUGGGAGCCGCUGUGAGAUGGCAUGCAAUAACGACAUGUAUGGGCCGGACUGCAAGCUGAGCUGUAAAUGCCAGAAUGGAGGAGUUUGCAACCGUUUCAGUGGAUGCCAUUGUCCCACAGGGUGGAGAGGACAGCACUGUGAGAAGUCCGACCGGGCUCCCCAGAUUGUGGAAUUGGAGAGUAAUGUGGAGUGGAAUCUGAACUCCAGCCCCAAGAUCUCUUGUUCGGCCACAGGGAACCCUCUGCCCACCCACGACAACAUUGAGCUUCGCAAGUUGGACAGCACUGUACUCAAGCCCUCUCGCACUGUUAUGGACUCAAAUAAGAGUACAGCACUGUUUGAGAUCCCUCGACUGAGUGCUCAACAAGGAGGAUUGUGGGAGUGCAGGGUGUCCACCAAUGGAGGCCAGGACUCCUGCAAGUUCAUCCUCACCGUUAAAGAGCCCCCUGUGCCCAUUACUGCUCCCAAACUGCUGCAAAGAGGGAGUAAGCAGCUGCUGGUGAGGCCAAUUGAAGGUCACAAAGGAGACGGCCCCAUUGUCUCCACCAGGCUCCUCUACAAGCCCGUGGAGAACGGAGACUCUUGGUCCUCCAUCAGAGUUUAUAGUGACAAAGAGCCCAUCACACUGAUGAACCUGGAGCCUUCAACGCGCUACCAAGUCCGUGUCCAGCUGAGUCGUCCUGGAGAAGGCGGAGAGGGAGCCCCGGGGCCAGAGGCCAUCAUGGAGACUGAUUGUCUCGAGCCCACAGUUCAACCUGAGAUUGACAUCAGCUCUGUGGAGGGCCGCAAUGCCACCGUACGCUGGCGCCUGCCCGCCAACAACGGCGUUACCGCCGACACAGCCAGUGGCUUUUUAGUGCAGCUUUCCAGGCCACCGCCCCACAGUGAGAACCUGCUGGAGGUGACCACGCUGCUCAAUGUGCUCUCCACAAAGUUCCACAACCUGGAGUAUGAGCAGGACUACACCGUGGUGGUGCGCCUCAUCAACUGUGGCAGCCAGGGGCCGGCAUCCAAACCCUACAAUCUCCGACUCCACAGCCAGGGUCCAUCAUCCCCCCGCAACGUUGAGGCCCUGCCUCUGUCUGUGUCAGCCAUCCAGGUGAAGUGGCAGCCCCCCGAGGACCCCAAUGGAGGCAUCAUUAAAUACACCAUAGAGUACCAGCCAGUCGACCAGGGGAGCCCCCACCCUUGGGUUGACACAGACAAUGGAAACAAGACCACCAAAGAUGUGACGGCGCUCAAUGGCAGCACGGUCUACCAGUUCAGAGUGAGGGCUGUCUCCAAAGUGGCGGGCGAGUGGAGCAAGGUUGUUAAGGCGAUGACAAAAGGGGAUGGCUUUCAGAGUUUCACCCCGACCACCCAGGGUGUGGCUGGGAGGCCUGCAGGGGAGGGUUACCAGCUGUUGGUGGCAGUGGUUGGCUCGGUAACUGUCACCUGUGUGACCAUCCUGUUGGCACUGUUGGCGCUUUUCUUCAUCCGCAAGACGCUUCUUAACCGACGGCGCACGUUCACCUACCAGUCUGGAUCGGGUGAGGAGACUAUUCUGCAGUUUAACUCGGGAACACUGACCCUGACACGGAGGCCUAAACCAACACCAGAGCCCCUCACCUAUCCGAUCCUGGAGUGGGAGGACAUUAAGUUUGAAGACGUCAUUGGAGAGGGCAAUUUUGGCCAGGUCAUCAAAGCCAUGAUCAAGAAGGAUGGCAACAAAAUGAGCGCAGCCAUCAAGAUGCUGAAAGAGUUUGCAUCAGAGAAUGACCACCGAGACUUUGCAGGCGAGCUGGAGGUGCUGUGCAAACUAGGCCAGCAUCCCAACAUCAUCAACCUGAUAGGAGCCUGUGAGAACAGAGGUUACCUGUACAUCGCCAUCGAGUACGCUCCCUACGGUAACCUUCUCGACUUCCUGAGGAAGAGCAGAGUGCUGGAGACCGAUCCCGCCUUCGCCAAGGAGCACGGCACUGCCUCCACCCUCACCUCCCAGCAGCUGCUGCAGUUCGCCGUAGACGUGGCGACAGGGAUGCACUACCUGAGCGACAAACAGUUCAUCCACAGGGAUUUGGCAGCCAGGAACGUCCUUGUAGGGGACAACCUCGUGGCAAAGAUAGCAGACUUCGGCCUGUCCCGUGGUGAGGAAGUUUACGUUAAGAAGACAAUGGGGAGGCUGCCUGUUCGCUGGAUGGCCAUCGAGUCGCUGAACUACAGCGUGUACACGACCAAGAGUGAUGUGUGGUCUUUCGGUGUUCUCCUCUGGGAGAUUGUAAGCUUAGGUGGCACACCAUAUUGCGGCAUGACCUGCGCUGAGCUUUAUGAGAAACUGCCACAAGGCUACAGGAUGGAGAAACCCAAAAACUGUGAUGACGAAGUCUAUGAGCUGAUGAGGCAGUGCUGGAGGGACCGGCCCUAUGAGAGACCCCCCUUCUCCCAAAUCUCUGUCCAGCUCAACAGGAUGCAAGAGGCCAGGAAGGCUUAUGUGAACAUGGCUCUCUUUGAGAACUUCACCUACGCUGGGAUAGACGCCACAGCCGAGGAGGCCUGACUACCAGCCCCCCCAGACCCUAGCAUGCCACGUAGCCCGAGGAGAAAGUCCCGAGGAUGGUCGCCGCGUUACUGCCAUCAUCCUGCCGCUCAACGCCGAGACAGGAGGACGAGGCGCUCUACCAAAGUCACCCAGCUAUAGAUGGAGGACUGUGAAAGGACACUGUGUGGAGGUGUUAGAGGCAGUAUGUGAGGAGGAGUAUCGCUGGGCCUUUGGAUCAAGAGGUGCAAACUUUAUGGGAAAUGAGACCCCCCUGUCACUCAAAAAUAAAAAAAAAGACACAACAUUGUACCUCUUGCUGCAACAAAAGUUACAAUGCUGGACCCUUUUCUCCGAGUGAUUAGGGGAAGCGGCAAAUAAGGAGCUAUGUGACUUGCUGAAACACCACAGGGUCUGUGGGGUGUCAACGCUGGACUUUUUCACCUCCUCUCCAUUGCUCUAAAUGGGGAGGGAAGUCUUUUCAUGAGGAUGAAGUUAAAAGGACACAGUGUGGAUGGCAAACAUUCAAGUUCUCAGACUGUUCAAGAAAAUGAUGACGGACGAAUUUCAUGUAGCACUUAAAACCAGCCUCAUUCAUGCCAGCUGUGUCUUUUACUGUAUGCCUAUCACUGCCAUGUGAAUGUAACUACUACUGUAUGUAUUUUGUCUAUUUUUAAGUGACUCAUAGAUGUAUCAAAGCCUCCUAUUCAAAUGCAGUUACUGACUGAUACAAAUGCAGCCAUGGUUAAUGCUCAGUGUGUUGCAUGCAAAGCUCCAAUAUGAGAGAAUUUGUUUGGAAAAUGCAAAUAAUACAGGGCAGAUGUACAGCCAGUCUGCCAACUAUCAGCAUUAUAGUUUACCUUUAACACUAUGCAACCUAAUGCAAUGUAUGGAUACAUGUAUACAUGGUAUGAGAAUGUACAGUAUGUUUCCAUUAACUGGACCCUUGAAUAAAGGUUUUGCGUGGUGACUGGGAUCACCGUGCAAAAGUAGUUGUUCCUUUUCCAGUUAAAAAUGCAGUCACAGUGACAAAUCGGAUUAACUUUAGCAAAGAUUGCAUUCUACUUUUGAUGUUGUUUCUGGCCAGCGUAACAGUGAGCAUGGUGGGAACCCACAGGCCAGGCUACUGGGGGCCAAAUGGUGUCCCUGGCGUGUUCAGGAACACAGAUCUCUGCUGCACAGAGCUGAUCUGUCACUGGGUUUCCUCCACAAACCAACCACAGGCCCAGGACUGUCUGUCAAACAUGGCCUCAGUGGGCCAGCUUCCUGUUGACUCCCACACACAAACCAGUAAUGCACCAUCACAAAUGUGUAAUAAAGGAACAAAAACUUUUAUUUUUA